GCGGCACUGCUCCAAUUCCUGGGCGAGGCCCCAUCCGCUGCGGCGCUCCGCCGCCCGAGCUCAGGAGCCGCGCAUGCGCAGCCUCCUCGUGGUUUGGGGGAGGACUCCUCGCCUGAUUCCCUGGGCUUGCCUUACGAAGAUGGCGGCUUUGACGACUGUGCAGAGUACAGCGGGGCCAUGACCGCGGAAACUGAGCUCCUCGCCAAUGGACCCGCCACCAGUGCAGGCGGAACUGCGAAAGCGAGGUCGCAAAAGCCUGUUCGCCCCGCCAAGCCACCAAAAGUUGCCGCAGAGCCCACCAAGGCUCCAGCAUGUGCCGGCUACGCUCCACCGGCCCCUGGGAAGAGGACUGGCAGCAAGCCGCCAGAGAUUGAGGAUUUCAGCAAGACGACCACUCCUUUGCCCGAAGGGGCCUUCCGAAUGCUGGGCGAGGACUCGCCGUCUGGCAUCCGCAAAGGGCAAGCACGAACUCGACCACGUUCCGGCUCCCGCAGCAGGGGGUUGGCAAACAGCGGCAGUAUGCGUGACUUGGAUGAGACGCCACCCACGACGGCUGCUUCUGCCACAGUGGACUACGACCCGAUGGGCUCCUCGGGGCGCCGGCGCUUCGGCGGAAGGGGCUGA